UCCCUCCCACCCCCCAUCAGCCCUCAGUUUAGCGCUUUUUUUAAUGGUACUUUACUUCUGACUUAGGUCCCCAAGCUAAUAUCUAAAUUUUAUGCCUGUCAGAUUUAUUAUGCAUGUGGAAACGGGCAAAGGAAAGAUAGGGUAAGCACGAGAGCAGAGAGCUCUGGGUAUCAACCACCUCAACUCUAAGGGACCCGCACUAGGGGACUUACACUUUGGACAUCCACAGUUACCCUGGAUGCACUUAAUUUUUAAAGAGAUGGUCACCUCGGAUUAUUUAGUAUAUAUGAAUUUCCAACAUUCCACUCAGUUUCUAGUUAUUAGCGAAUCUUCAAAGAGCUAGCUGUGUGGAUUAUCCGUGCUAAGUCCCAGAUCAGAAAACAGGGAAAAGACUAGCUUCUUGGUUGUAGGGAGAAGCGUUGGGACAGCACAUGACCAGCAUCCAGACAAAAAUGAAAAAAUCACUUUGGUUACCGGAAGUUUGCAGAGAGCAAGUUCAGUACAACACAAGUGGGUUUCUUUACAUUCUACUGACAUUUUUGAAUGAAGAGUCCAACACUCAGUAAAUCACACAGAUGUUUCAAAUACAUGGCACCAAGCAUAAGAAUAUCUAGAAACAGCGUAUAAUGCUUGCAUUUCUUAUUCUAAGAGCUCUCAUUAUGUGAGUAGGUAAUUACCACCGGAGAGUGUUUCUCCUUAACCAGACAUGAAUAUGAGUGUGUUUAUAUGUGUGUGUGGUGUGCAGGUACGUUGGGAGGAAGAUUUCAGGGAGGGGUUCCUUCCAAAAAUAAGUGUGUGGGUUUUUUUUUCAAUGUUUAUUAAUUUUUGAGACAUACACACACACACGCACACACACACACACACACACAGCUGUCAGGGAGGGGCAGAGAGAGAGGGAGACACAGAAUCCAAAGUAGGCUCCAGGCUCUGAGCUGUCAGGACAGAGCCUGACCUGGGGCUUGAACCCACAAACUGUGAGAUCAUGACCUAAGCCGAAGUCGGAUGCUCAACCGACUGAGCCACCCCAGCACCCUAUCAUGUGUAGCUUUUGAAGCCCUCAUGAUUGUACCUUGAUUCAGUGAAUGUGUGAAAACAUUCAGAGGGCCAUUUCUCUAGCAUACAACCUUCUCUCACUAUGACAGCUGAAUUAACUUCAGAACUUAUAGUCCACAUGUGCUCUUUUGUCCCUUUUUCUGGGGCGGUGAGUGAUGUUGUUGCAGACAAAUCACAGCAGAGGAAAAAGGCACACGUUGAGAAAGCAACAUCAAACAUGCAGACUUUGACAGUACUAGCAAAGGGUUAAUAAGUUAGAAAUAUGUAGUCCUUGCCAGAAACAGAAACACGAGCAAAAAGAGUUGGGCAAUGAUUGCUUCUUUUUUUUUUUUUUUUUCCCUGAGUAGUGGAGAAAUGUGCCACGGAGACACUGGGGCCCACAUGGACCCAGAGUACUGAAGUGCUUUCAUGCCCCCAGGCCUGCUGCACUCUCUCUCUCUCUCUCUGGGCCUCCCAAGGCCCUGAAAUUGGGUGGCAAGCCAGUUACAGAGUGCUGUGGGAAUUCAGCCCAUAAACACUUGCUUUCUUCUCCAGGACUCCUAGCUCCUGACAAUUUCCUUACACUGAUUUAUUGAUUUAAUUUUUGGUUGGCAAUGGUGGUAGUUGUAAAGUAAAUUUACCCCAGAAAAAAAAAGAAUAUUUUGGGAAUUCAUUAAUGCUAACGCUGAAUGUGGAUGCUAGACUCACUUUCCAUCCGCCCAAACAGCUACAUAAAACAAGCAAGUGACACCAAGCAAGUGACAACUAAUUAUCUCCUCCAUUUAUUCUGUUGGGAUGAUGGGAAUUCAAUGUUAUACUCUUCUUAAUAGUUAACCUUGGAAAUCAAAAGUCAAAUGACCUUCACUAGCACCGCAUUUGUCACCCUGUUUGAAUUUCAGCAAAUGUAUUUCUCUAUCUUCCUUUUGACUUAGGGUUCAGAAAAAAAAAAAAUCUUGGAUGUAUUUCUUCCCUACUCUGAAUCCUGUUUAUGUGUAACAAACUACCCCCAAAGCUUAGCAGCUUUAAGCAACAGACAUGUGUAUCUCAGUUUCUGCGGGUCAGGAAUCUGGGCAUGGCUUACCUGAGGGCUUGUGUUUCAAGAUCUCUCACAGAGCUGCAAGUAAGAGUUUUUUUGGCAGGGGUAUGAUCUCAUAGGAAAACUCAGCUGGGGAAAGACCCACUUUUAAGCUCAUUUACAUGGUUGUUGGAAGGAUCCAGUUCCUUGUAGGCUAUUAGAAUGAGGCUCCACUUCCUGGUUUUCUGUUGACUGGAACCUCCCCCACUUUCCUGCUAUGUGGGCCUCUCCAUAGGUAAUGUGGCUUCCAAGGUAGUGAGAUAUGAGGUAUGGCCAAUGAGAUGGAAGUCACAGUCUUUUUUAUAACCUAAUCUCAUCAGAGACAUCCUAUCACUGUUACUGUGUUCCCUUCAUUAUAAAAGAGUCACAAGAUCCAACCCAUACUCAAAAGAGGGAUUAUCCAAGGGCACAAAUACCAGAUGGUGAGGAUCACUGGGGGCUAUUAUAGAGGUUGCUUACACAAAUAUGAUUCCAAAUCGCAAUCUGAUGGAAAGUUAUUUUUUGCUGGAGUUGAAAUGUUGUGUUCUAAGACCAACUCAAUUGUUUGUGGUGAUGUGGAUUAAUACCUUGAUGGUGAAGAAGAAAGAAAUCAUAGGGCCAAGAAAAACGUGAUCAUUAUUUCUUUGGUAAUUGAAAACCAUCUCACCAUGGCUAAGAAGGAACCAGAGUUGAAGCUGAGAGUAGACUCAGAGUGGGACUCUAUGUCUGCUCUAGGGUUUGAUGAGACAGGUAUCCCUGUCAAGGGAUCCCCUGUGAGGGGCAGAACCCCCACCUGGCACUGAAGAAAGAGUUGGUUGAGCCCUGCAAGGAGCAGGAUCUAGGAUCAGGGAUCUAGAUAGAUGGCAGGAGCAGAAACUUAAGUGUGUACCUCUUACUAGAAUGAACAGAUUCUGAUAGGGAAAAACAGGGUAUCUGCUAUAAGACUGGAUUUGGAAAGAUCAGGAUGCUUGGCUAGAGCCCUAGGCAAAACACUGUUCUCAAAAAUCUAGUUCUGUCACUUACCCCAGAUGACUCCUGAACCGGUUGACUCUGUAACUUGACCAGCUAGGGGCGGGCUAGCCAUGGCCCAAAAGGGAGUGCUCUGUGUACGCAAGAGUGAGAAAGUCCAGACUGUACUCACUAUGAAGGGAUGGAGUCAGCAUGUCUUGGGCACAUAUCACCCUGGAAUCCUGUUCGAGUACUGGAUCUGCCUAGGUGUGUGACCUUGAGCCUCUUUAGACACUUAGCCUCAUUGGGUUUAGGUAGUUGAUCUGCAAAAUGAGCGCUUUGUCCUACUGUCACCAACAGAACCUUACAGAGUUUGCCAGUGUCUCAGGUGCAGCUAAAUCCAAUCCCAUGUAUAGACACUUCAGUGCACAUGUUGUUUAGCUUCUUGGAAGUAUUUGAUACCAUUGGCCAUUUCCUUCUUCUUGAAACACUACUUCCCUCAGUGUAGGUAUAUAUAUAAUUUCAGGUGUCAUUAGCAAAUAGAUGACCUUUGAAUCUCGGGAGCGUAUUUGGCCUGGGGAAGGUAUCUUGCGUAUGAAGGGCAGAGAGCAUAGACUAGCACCUCAGUAAUUACAUGUACUAAGGAACAGGGGGAUAGGGGUAUCUAGCACAGGUAUUGACUUAAGAGGUAAGAAGGCAGCCAUAUUGGAGUGGAUUUAGAAGGGAGUUGGAAAUGAGCAAGUCUGGAAAAUUCAUUUAAGAAGCUCAGCAUCAAGGGGGACAAGCGAGACGCAGUGGUCGCUGGUGGGAAAUGAUGGACUUUGAGGUAGGAUGUCUCUCAAAGACAGGAGAGAUGUGCACAUGUCUAAACGCAUGGAAGGAAAAAGAGAGGAUAGGGAGAAGGGGGUGCAGUCCUUGAGAAGACUGUAUGGCAAGAGGGUAUGGCAAGGAUUAGCCAAAGAGAAGAGAGCCAACCCUUCCAUUUAAACAGGAUAGGGGCACCUGGAUGGCCCAGUUGGUUGAGCGUCCAACUUUGGCCUAGGUCAUGAUCUCAUGGUUCAUGAGUUCAAGCCCCACAUGGGCUCCCUGCUGUCAGCGGAGCCCACUUCAGAUCGUCUGUCCCCCUCUCUCUCUCCCCCUCCCCCGAUCGCAUUCUCUCCCUCCCUCUCAAAAAAAAAAAAAAAAUCUAAACAGGAUGGAAGAAAGAAAAGGUACUUGUGGCUUCAGAUCAAUCUGUGGGACUAGUGGCAUCAGUGGGUCCCCCAGACAUUCCAUCCAAGAGUAGACUGGAACAGUACUAAGCCAGUAACCCAGGAGCAGGGGAUGCUGUUGAUGAGCAUGACACAGGGACACAGGGCAGGAAGGACAAGGUUAGAGGUAGUGGGUGGAGACAACUCACUCCAUUUCCCCUCCUUCCUGUCUUGGCCACCUGCACUUGGGCAGCGGGACAAGGAGGUGUGUGCAGCAGUACAGAUAAGAGGACGGAGAAGAGUUUCCAACGUGGCCAGGAAGGGAGCGGUGCAAGCUGAGAGGCUGGGAGGGCUCCGUGGAGGAGUAACGGCACAGCCAACAAGAUGAACGGCGCUUUGGAUCACUCAGACCAACCAGACCCAGAUGCCAUUAAGAUGUUUGUCGGACAAAUCCCCCGGUCCUGGUCGGAAAAGGAGCUGAAAGAACUUUUUGAGCCUUACGGAGCCGUCUACCAGAUCAACGUCCUCCGGGACCGGAGUCAGAACCCUCCCCAGAGUAAAGGUUGUUGUUUCGUAACAUUUUAUACAAGAAAAGCUGCACUUGAGGCCCAGAAUGCACUGCACAAUAUUAAAACUUUACCUGGGAUGCAUCAUCCCAUUCAGAUGAAACCUGCCGAUAGUGAAAAGUCAAACGCCGUGGAAGACCGAAAAUUGUUCAUAGGAAUGGUUUCGAAGAAAUGUAAUGAGAAUGAUAUCAGGGUGAUGUUUUCUCCAUUUGGCCAGAUAGAAGAAUGCCGGAUUCUCCGGGGACCCGACGGGCUGAGUCGAGGCUGUGCGUUUGUCACAUUUUCUACAAGGGCAAUGGCACAGAAUGCAAUCAAAGCCAUGCAUCAGUCUCAGACCAUGGAGGGCUGCUCCUCACCCAUCGUAGUCAAGUUCGCGGACACUCAGAAGGACAAAGAGCAAAGGCGCCUCCAGCAGCAGCUGGCGCAGCAGAUGCAACAGCUCAACACUGCCACCUGGGGGAACCUGACGGGCCUGGGCGGGCUCACCCCGCAGUACCUGGCGCUCCUGCAGCAGGCCACCUCCUCCAGCAACCUGGGUGCGUUCAGUGGCAUUCAGCAGAUGGCUGGCAUGAAUGCUCUGCAGCUACAGAACCUGGCGACGCUGGCAGCCGCCGCGGCCGCGGCCCAGACCUCAGCCACCACCACCAAUGCAAACCCUCUGUCCACCACGAGCAGCGCCCUGGGAGCCCUCACAAGUCCGGUGGCUGCUUCAACCCCCAACUCCAGUGCUGGUGCGGCCAUGAAUUCUCUGACCUCUCUUGGGACUCUGCAAGGGCUGGCGGGAGCCACUGUCGGACUGAAUAAUAUUAAUGCACUAGCAGUUGCUCAAAUGCUCUCAGGUAUGGCGGCUCUGAACGGAGGACUUGGCGCCACGGGCUUGACGAAUGGCACGGCGGGCACCAUGGACGCCCUCACGCAGGCCUACUCAGGGAUCCAGCAGUACGCGGCCGCGGCGCUGCCCACUCUGUACAGCCAGAGCCUGCUGCAGCAGCAGAGCGCCGCGGGCAGCCAGAAGGAAGGUCCAGAGGGUGCAAACCUCUUUAUUUACCACCUUCCACAGGAGUUUGGAGACCAGGACAUUCUGCAGAUGUUCAUGCCUUUUGGAAAUGUUAUCUCUGCUAAAGUCUUCAUUGACAAACAGACCAAUCUGAGCAAGUGCUUUGGUUUUGUUAGCUACGACAAUCCGGUGUCUGCACAAGCUGCUAUCCAGGCUAUGAAUGGCUUUCAGAUUGGCAUGAAACGCUUGAAGGUCCAGCUGAAGCGCUCCAAAAACGACAGCAAACCUUACUGAUCCUAACCCCAGAGGCUCCCUGCUCUUAUUUUAGCUUUCUUAGGACAUCUUCAUGCCCGUUAGUUCACCGUUUGCCUAGCAUGUCCCUGUGGCGUCUCAAAAAAAAGUUUCAUCGUCCCGUCAUUGUUUCUGAUGUCUUUCUGACCUCACAUCACAUUUGGUUCUCCUACUGACCUUUGAUCUAGUUUGACCUUUGAAAUUUGCAUGUGACCUCAUCUAGCUAUUGAAUUCUGGGAAGUCAAUGUGAAAAACAUUGCUGCAUUCAUGCAAGACUGAAAUUUAUUAUUAGACAAAUUAAUUAUAGAAAAAACCUGUGGCAAAAACGUUUCUUUCUUAUUUUUUUUUCUUUUCAUAAAACAGACUUGAAAGUAUUAUACAGGGAUUGGCAUUCUUCCCGGUCACUGGUAACAAUAGCAAUAUGUGUCCAGGGACACAGAAUGUUGGUUUCUAACAGACUACUUCCAAAAACAGUUUGAGAAAAAAACUGUCUGAUUUUAAGUCUCUAGAGGUCUGUAAUAGUUUUUACAUUUUUCAGGCAGUGUAAAGUUUUUUGAUAAGGCCAUUUUAGGUGGCUCACUUUCUCAUUAAGAUAUAUAUAUAGAACCACUUUUUGUAGAUUAGUAUAAGAAAAAUAUUUACCCUGUUUUGGGGCAAAUGCUACCUAUUUGUGUCACCUUUUGCUGAACUGACUCACAGUUAGACAAUCCAUGGUUUAAUGCACAUGAAAUUACCUAUAUUUUAUACUGUUUCAAUGUACAGGAGAAAGGUUACUGUAAACUGUGUUACGUUGGUGCUUCUGUGAAUUAAGUUGUGGCUUCAUCAUGAGUCUUACGGUCUUAAUGUUCUCUGUUGAUAAGACAAGUUUAGAAUUGGUUUACUUAAAGAAUUUCAAAAAAAAAUGUUUGCUUAAAAAAAAAUUUCAUGUGAGGGGAAAAAAAAAAAAAAAACCUAUUCCAGAAUAAGUUUUGUGUUGGCUUGUAAAGCAUUGAUGUCAUUUUUUUUUUAUUGUGGACUAUUUAGAUGUGUUUGUGUUCAGCAAAAUGUGAUUUUUUUUUUCUUUUAAAGAAAAAAAGUGAAAAUAUAUAGUGCCAAAUUCCAAAGGUA